CACUUUAUAAGCCUGCCAGCCUCUCUCUCCUCCUAUCCCACUGGCCACCAUCCAGCUCCUCAGAUCUCCCUCCUCCCCAAGCAGCCCUCACUUCUCCUCCACUAGGCUGCAACCAGAGUCCCCGGACUGCCAGAUCCAGGUGGGGUUCAGAACGUCAGCCCCAGGAUGUUGACAGCGCUGCUGCCUCUGCUGCCUCUACUUCUCCUGCCUGGCUGGGUUCUUUGCAGCCACGAAGCCUCAGAGGGCCCACAGAGCCUCCACAUGCUCCAGAUCUCCUACUUCCGCAACCCCAAUCAAGUAUGGCAUCACGGCAACGCGUCGCUCAUGGGGCAUCCCACACACAAGCUGGAGGGCCGGGGCACCAAUGUCACCUUUGUCCAGCUGCAGCCCCUGCAGGACCCAGAGAGCUGGGCGAUUAUGGAGGAAAGCCUUCGACUCUACAUCCAGCAGUUCUACAGCCUCGUGAGGCUGGUGCACCAGGAGCGACAUGUGGCCUUUCCUGUGACUGUUCGCUGCUUCCUGGGCUGUGAGCUACCCUCAGAGGACACCAAAGCCAGUACCUUCUUCGAAGUGACCGUGAACGGGAGCGCCUUCGUGAGUUUCCAGCCAGAAACAGCCCUGUGGGUGGCAGCACCCCACACUCACUCCAGAGUGGCCACCUACACACUACAGCAGCUCAACGCGUACAACCGGACUCGGUUUGAACUGCAGGAGUUCCUGCAAGACACGUGUGUACAGUAUGUGCAGGAACACAGCGGCAUGAAAGACAAGAAAGGUAGGAAUGGCUUGAGGCCAGGAAAGGGGCAGAAUGGGGGCUAUACCUCCAGCAGCAGGAGGUCCAGGGCUGGGACUUUGAGACCAGCACACCCAGUUAAAUUACUUGAUGCUUCAGCCACUCUGCGUGUUUUAUGAGGACAGAAAUCCCAGGGAGAUGUGUGGUAGACAUCCAAGCCAAAAAGAUAUUGAUUCUUCAAACUAACUCUGUAUUUUUCUUUUUUUUUAAAUGUUUAAUAGUAAUUUAA